ACGAACUUGUGUAACGUUCGAUAAUUGUGAGGUGUAAACAUAAAGUACUAGUGAAGAUACAUACGGUAACUGGCAGUGAAAUUAUUAUUGGAUGUAAAUAAAUCCAAACUGUGGCAAUCCCAUUACUUUACAACUGUCAGCUGUUCAAUAAUUGCACUAAAAAUUAUUUAUCGAUAUGCACUUUAAGGGUUCGGCAGUGUAUGCUUUGUUUUACAUAUACGAAAAACAAUUUGUGUAUUAAAUUGAUUAAAAAUAAACUGUUUUCACAUAAAGCUCAUUCCAACUAAGCUAAUCAGAUUAAAAUCGUGUCAAUACGCAAUUGAAAAACAUCAACUUGAAAGAAAUUAGUAUUGAUUUUUGCAGUAAAAUUUUCAGUGUUUGUUUUUAAUAUCCAUUGAACUACCUUGACGAUAUGCGAAAAUAAGAACACAGAAGACGCCUUACUAAGCCAUGGGCGGCUCUGUUAGUCAGGUUUUUCGAUCGGGUUCGGCCCUGCUUUCACAUCGAGAUGGACAUAAAGUAUCAAAAUCAACAGAGGAGAAAAUUCAAACGCUUUUCGAAAUUCUUCGUGCGAAACCAAAAAUAUCUAUACAACUUUUGGAAAGUUUAUUGUUACAAAUACCAAAAAAUGAAAACAUAUUAGUUGUGCAUGAUAAUUGCGGUUUUAAUAUCUUACAACGAUGUGUUGGUUUAAAUCACACCGAGCUAACUAAGUGGCUUCUGCAUCGUCAUCGUCCCGAUGUCAAUAGAGAUAGUCCAUGUUCAUUACCCCUUCAUAUUGCAUGUCUAAAGGGGUAUGAAGAGUGUGUGGAAUUGCUUCUAAAAUAUGGUGCUCGCAUUGAUACAGAUUCCAGAAUGUGCUUCCCUGGUGCUCACUCCCAUAACUGUGAAGAGAGUGGAAAAUAUCAUGGGAAUGAUGAUGAUGUAGCAACAGGCGCUGGUGUGUGCGAACGUACCAAUACUAAGUUACAAAAUGCUAUAUGCUACGCCAUAGAUGGAGAUCAAAUAAAUGUUUUAAAUAUACUCGCACAAAAAAUGGAAGAUCCUUGGAUACCAUUUCGAGCAAAAAAACCGUUAUUACAUUUGGCUUGUGAGCGAGGUGCAUGGAACUGUGUUCAACAAUUAGUUAUCACGCGUUCAGAAGAAAUAAAUCUUAUAAAAGACGAAUAUUAUCCUAUUCAUCAGGCUGUUAUGCAUGACGGACGAUUUUUGGAAUUACUUAUACAACAUGGUGCUGUGACUACAGUGCGUACGUGUACGCAACAAAUGACAUUAUUGCAUGUUGCCAUUUUUGCUGCUCGAAAAUCAGCAGAAGAUACUUUAAACACUUUAAGAAUACUUUUAGAACGAGGUUGCAAGGAGAUGAUAAAUGAACCGGAUUCUUUAGGUAACACUCCUUUACAUGCUUUAAUUAUGCGUUAUACUCUGGAAGAGGCUAGAUAUGGAUAUGAUAAAUGGAGUAAAUGGGAUGUCUUGCAUUUAGUACGAUUUUUAUUGCAAAAUGGUGCCAAAAGUUCAAUCAAUCAGGCAGGAAAUAGUGCUUUAGCUUGCGUGUUUCGACAUGUAAGGGAUUGGGAAGUUUGUUUUGAACUGUUGAAUAUGUUAAUUAAGGAAGAUGGUGAUCCUAAUAUUGUUGGUCGUGAUGGCUCAGUGCCGUUAAUGGUGUUAUUGGUACCUCUAAUAAACAAGGAUCAGUUUCAUCAUUAUACUCAUUCGAUGAAGGUUUGCUAUCUGAAUUGUAUACGGAUCUUACUACAAUACGGCGCCAAUCCAAAUUGUUCAUAUCGUGCCAAUCUGACUCCUUUGCAUGUUCUUAUAUUUACACUUAGUGAAAACUUUACGCUUAAUUGUGACGCUCAAAAACGAACAAACUUUGAUUUUAUAAAAAAUAUUUUACUCUUGUUGCUGCAACAUGGCCUUGAUUGUAACCAAACAUAUCAGCAUAUACUGCAAGCUGUCAUGGACAUGGUGCAAAAUGUGCGUACAUGCCUGGAUAUGCAGUGUAUAUAUGAACUUACACUUACUCUAAUACAAUAUGGAGCUGAUCCAAACAUCGUGCUCAGUGGUAAAACCACGUCUGGUAGUGCCAUAUUCUCAAAUGAAAUUGCGAUGUAUGGUGAAGCAUUAUGCACAAAUAAUGCGCAAGAAGAUGGCACUAACGAUAAUGGCCGGCAAGCUUUGGGUGAUAACUCAUUCCGUAACUCAUUUCGUACAAAUUCAAGAUAUAUACUUUUCUAUUAUAUUAUAUUAAUAACUAAAAAGGAGAUUAUACUCAAUGAUCCAGAACUUACAUUCACUCGUAUUAUUCAUUUAUUCUUUUUGACUAUGCAACAUGAACCGCUAUACAAUUGUCUUAAAUCUUUGCACAACUUUUAUGUUGCUCAAGUGCCGAGCAAAAAAACGGAACAGUUAAUAUCUCUGAUUUCAUCCUUAUACAGAACUUCAAGGUCCUUAAAACAACUUGCACGUAUCGCUAUAAUACAAGCACUUGACCGUAAACUAGCACAAAAUAUAAAUCGCUUAAAUUUGCCUGGUCCCUUAAAGGAAUAUGUGUUAACACUCGUUUGACCUGAACAGAUAUACAGAACAAACAGAACAAAAUAAAUUUAAUAUAUUGUAUUAAUUGUUGUAAGUUUACAUAAACGAAUAGCAAAUUAUAUAUAAAUUAUUUAUUAUAAUCAAAUAUCUAAUAGUUAUUGCAUCUAAUUAAAUGAUUUAUGUUUCAUUUGUUAGAUUCCUAAGAUAUUCUAAGAUUUGUUUUCAAAUUAUCUGUAAACGUAUAUAAAUCCUCUUGAUCAGUAGUUUUUGGAGAAACAGGCAGAUCGUCUAUGUUGUAUAUUGUAUGUUAUGAAAUGAUAAGUUUAAAUCUAUUUUAGCUUAAAGAAAAUGUCUAUGUAUAUGUAAAUAUAAUUAAAACUCAAAAAUCA